AUGCCACCCAGCCGCUCCCGUCCUGCAGCAGCUUCUUCUCCAAGUAACUCUCCAGUGCACCAAUCCUCACAUCAAAAUCAAAAUCAAAAUCAACAACAACACCAUAAACAACACCAUCAACUAUCUCCAUUACAGCGAUUACAAUCAUUUCCACCCCCACCAAUACACACACCACAACAGCUUAUUUUAGAACCACUCACUAUCAUCAACAAUCAACCAUCUUCUAGCAAUGAAAGCAAACACCAACUUACUCAAACUCUUUUCUCGGGACUUACAUCAGGACAAUAUCACCAACACCAUCAACAGUAUAAACCUCCAUGGCUUUCCAGUCCAAAAUCCAAUAAUAAAUAUUUGCCAUUGGCCCCUCCAAUAACUCAGGAUCCUUCAUCCUCACCUAUUGUUCUCCCACCAAUCCAUCUCCAGCAAUCUCAAUCUGCCCCAGAGUUAACUCAACCGCAGUCUAUGCUUUCUCCAGAGACUUCAGGUUCUCAACAACAACAACAACAACAACAACAACAACAACAACAACAACAACAACAACAACAACAACAACAACAACAACAACAACAACAACAACAACAACAACAACAACAACAACAACAACAACAACAACAACAACAACAACAACAACAACAACAACAACAACAACAACAACAACAACAACAACAACAACAACAACAACAACAACAACAACAACAACAACAACAACAACAACAACAACAACAACAACAACAACAGCAGCAGCAACAGCAACAGCAACAGCAGCAACAGCAACAGCAGCAGCGGCAGCGGCAGCAACAGUAUUUACCGGGAAUCUCACAAGUCUCUUCAAGACCUCCUGGAUACUCUUCAGCUACUUCUUCUAAUCCAGCAUCUACUUCAUCCUCUCCUCUCCCUACUUCUUCUUCUUCUUCCGGACUUUCAGCUUUUGACACUCCAGGUUCUUAUUCCUCUUCUUCAGACCCAUCUUAUUCAAAAUCAACACCAAUUUCAACAAAUUCUUUAUCGACCUCCUCAUCUCCAUCUAUUUUACCUCCUUUCACUACUGCAAAUAUUCGUAAACCUCAUCAUGAUCAAAGACUAGCCUCUCGAGCCACUGCCCCACCACUAACACAACAAAUAACCCAAUCAUCCUCCUCCUCCUCCUCCGGAAGUUGUUCCUUUACUGGGCCUGCGGGGGGUUCUCAUGCAGGGUUUAUUUCUUCUCCAUCUUCUUCUUCUCCCCCAUCUUCUGUCUCCAUUACAAUUUCCUCGGUCUCUGCCGUGACUCUCCCACUUAGCUCCGGGCAGCGAACCGUUGCCUUAUCUCCGUUACCGGCCCUAAACCAGCCACCUCCACAAACUCACCACCACCACAAUAAUUCACCCUCACCCCCAUCUGACGUAAUAUCCGCAGUGACUAAUUUUACUCCUGCUGCAUCAUCACCAUCAUCAUCAUCAUCAUCUACCCGUCUCUACCCAACUUCUUCUUCUUCUUCUUCUUCUUCUUCUUCUUCUUAUUCUUCUUCUUCUUCUUCUUCUUCUUCUUCUUCUUCAUCUACUACCACAAACUCUUCAACACAACCACCAUCAACCUCUUCUUCUAAUUUCUCAUCAUCUAAAAGAACAAAUGCAAUGCCUAUCCCCAGCGGCUCCUCAGAAUCUUUAGACCAAAAUCAGAACACUUCGUCAACAGCUAAUUCUGCUUCUUCUAUCUCGUCCCCUUCUUCGCUCCUCCCCUCUGGAAAAAACAGAAUACGGGUCGCCAAAGCUUGCGACCGAUGCAAACGUCGUAAAACAAAAUGCGACGGCAGAUACCCUUGUGUUGCAUGUAAAAAAACUAAAUCUGCAUGCCUCUACACCCCAUCUUCCUUUGUGCGCUCUGCCUCUUCCUCUACUGGAGUAAUUAAAUCCUACAAUAGCCCAGGAGCAACAUCUCCAGACCAUAACAGACACAAUAACAUGUCACCAUCAUCUCCCUCUCAACAAAACCUGGCAAGCAUUCCUGCUAUCACAAACCUAGUCUAUGAGGAAACACCAGCAGCAAGUUCUUCUAGCAGUAAUACAAAUAGUAAUACUUAUAGUCAGUCGCAGAGUCGCAAACGCAGCCUCAGUGUUACUAAUGGUGAAGACGAUUCUCCAGAGUCUCCUUCAGACCGGACCAGCGGGUUUAUUUCUACAGACCUUGAGACUUGUCUUUCUAAUAUCUCAUCCCAGAUUGCCCAAGUAGCUUCAGCUAUUAACAACACAUUUGCUUCUCAAGCAUCAUCAUCUUCUUCUUCUUCUUCUUCUUCUUCUUCAUUUUCAUCUUCAUCUUCUUCAAUAAAUAAUGAAAAAGAUAAUCUCUCUGAACGAAACCGCCAGAUUGAAAAAAUUUCUGAUAUUUCUCAAAUGCUUGACGUGUACAAGAUGCGCAAGGCUCCCUUCCCAACUCACUACUUUUCCAAGCUUCGCUAUUCUCGCAGAUACCUAAACUUUCUGCCUCAUCAAUUUGGGCUUUCCCUCUACAAUUCAAUUUCUGAGCGCGCUCGCGAAAAAGUUAGUGUCCCGCGCGUCCAGCUCUACGGCUGGAACAUGGCAGGCUCGCACUUUCUUAAAGCUCGAAGCCUGGAUCCAGGAGUCGAGCUUCUUGAUGAUACUACCACAAGGUACCUUCUCAAAUACUUUUUCAUAAACAUCAAUCCCCUCUAUUCAAUCAUACAUGAGCCCAUGUUUAUGAAACAAUAUGAAGCGUUUCUCGCUACCACUGAUAAGCGUGAGUGCCGGCUAUUCAUGGCAAAUUUAUAUGUGGCCUGUGCAACUGCAAUGCGAUUUUCCGAGGUUAUUGAUCGCAAAGAGUACGAGUCAGGGUUGGAAGAAAAGCUUUUUGAUGACGCAUUGUCGACGAUCCAAGCCUUUAGUUUUGAAUGGGAAAGCACAGAGAUUAUCCAAGGCUGGCUUCUUAUUACUUUUUAUGUCCGCGCUUGUUAUCGUCAACCGGCCGCUUGGAGUUCCCUAUGUCAAGCUGCUCGCAUGGUUCAAGGCAUGGGUCUUCACAAACGCACAUCAUUUGAAGUUUAUCUUAGUGACUAUGACCAUUUGAAACGCCGCAGUGCAUUGUGGUCAUGUUUUUCACUUGAACGCAGUCUCUGUGUUGAUUUCUGCAGAACGUUUCAUUUUCUUGAAGACCAGCUUGCAUACUCAGUCCCACAAACAUAUAAAGACAAUGGGUGGCAGUCACCCUUGACAUAUGGACUCAUUAUGCUUGGCCACACAAUACGCGAUUUGUGCUUUGAUACGGAUUUCCGCAUGCCUGAAGAAAAGGUAAAGGAAACUGCACAAAACUUGUUGGAGUGGAACAAUUCAAUGCGUGAACUUAACCUAGCAGACGAUCAUCGUAUUGGCAACACGCGGUACCCAAUUGGUCUUGUGGCACAUGUCAGACUCACAUACUACAAUUUCAUUUUCUUCAUUUAUAUGCGCUCCAUCUUUUCGCUAGUUGACAAGGAUAUGGGUGACCGGUACCCGGAUGUUAAGAUUCUAACAGAUGCCAUUACUGGAGUCAACAUAGUUACUGACAUUUUAGAGCGUGAAAAGCAAUUGCUUGCCCCAUGGUGGUACACACUUUCGAGUCUUUUUUGCACAGGGUGUGUAUGCUUGCUUUUCAUUAGUAACAAUAUCCAGCUCAACAAAAUGACGGCUGAACUGGCCAAAGUUAUUCGCAAGGUCACGCUCAUUGCAGAGGAUGGCCGGUUUGUGAUGGCCAAGGAGUGUUUAUGGUCUCUUAAAACACUUAAUCACAUGUUACUCACUCGCAUGCAAGAGUCUCAGCGCAGACUCAAGGAAAUUGGUAUUGACCAUGGGGAGUCGAGUAUCAAUAACAUUCGGUUCUUUGACAUGGGUUUUGUAGAUGAAAAGGGGAACCCUCAGAAACCUGUGGUGGAGGCGCAAACCGAACGAGCAGGAACUUCGGCAGCACCCGUGGUCUCACAGUUACUACCACAACCGCUAUCGGAACCGCAACCGCAACAACAACAACAACAACAACCGCAACUGCAACCGCAACAACAGCAACCAUCACAACAACAGCAACAACAACAGCAACAACAACAGCAAGUCGCCAUACACAUUUCUUCUUCUGAAGUCAUUUUUGACCCCCCGUUAUCCAACACGUCAUCAGACUCUUCAGCUGCCCUUAGAUCGGGACCCUCACAUGUUCCCGCAGCCACAUCAAAUCCGUCGGCAGUGCCCUCGGAUUCGGUGGAUCCUAAUGACCCUACCAUGCCGUUUGUUGAUCCGGUUGUGAGUCUUGAUUGGUUUUCCAAUUGGACUUGGGAGUUUGAGUCAUCUCUAGCUUCUUAUUUUACAGGACCUCCCCCUGAGUCUGCACGAAAUGUAUAA